GCAAGCUAGGUGUUAGCUGACAAAGAACAAGAAGCUGCUUUUAGAGUUUAAAGAACCUAGCAUUUUAUACGAUAGUUGUUUUAGUUAUUUAUUUUUCCUAAAUUCAAACGCAUAAUUCAAACAAUUUGAGUUUGUUUACCAGCCUCUAUUUUGUGACUACGUUUUGAGUAGCGAGCUAGCUUGUCAUUAAAUUAACUCUUCUGCAUUUGGCUAAAAAGCAAAAAAAAAAAAAAAAUACCUUUAAAAGAUUGGACUAAACGUAGUAUAGUAUAAAGUAUAGAUUUGGCUCAUUUUUUAAAGAAUUCUGAAUGAAAAUGAAAGUAUCUGAGGAUCAAGUUGUUGAGGAUGAUAAUGGUUUCCAGGAUGAUGAGGAGUCGUUUUUCCAAGACAUUGACCUUCUACAGAAACAUGGGAUUAACGUGGCAGACAUCAAAAAGCUGAAGUCAGUGGGUAUUUGUACCGUCAAAGGGAUCCAGAUGACUACACGCAAAGCUCUAUGCAACAUCAAGGGCCUGUCGGAGGCAAAAGUGGAAAAAAUAAAGGAAGCUGCUGGAAAAAUGCUGAAUGUCGGCUUCCAGACUGCGUUUGAGUACAGCACCAAGAGGAAGCAGGUGUUCCACAUAACUACUGGGAGCCAAGAGUUUGACAAGCUUUUGGGUGGAGGGGUAGAGAGCAUGGCUAUUACAGAGGCCUUUGGAGAGUUCCGAACAGGAAAAACCCAGCUGUCUCACACACUUUGUGUCACAGCCCAGCUGCCUGGCGAGGAUGGAUACUCUGGUGGGAAAGUCAUCUUCAUUGACACGGAGAACACCUUUCGCCCAGACAGACUCAGAGACAUCGCUGACCGCUUCGGUGUGGACCAUGAUGCUGUGCUGGACAAUGUUCUUUAUGCCCGGGCCUAUACCAGUGAACACCAGAUGGAGCUGCUGGACUUUGUAGCAGCAAAGUUUCAUGAAGAAGGAGGAGUUUUCAAACUGUUGAUCAUCGACUCCAUCAUGGCUCUGUUUCGAGUUGACUUCUCGGGUCGUGGAGAGUUGGCAGAGCGGCAGCAGAAGCUGGCCCAAAUGCUUUCAAGGCUGCAGAAGAUCUCUGAAGAGUACAACGUAGCUGUGUUUGUUACCAACCAGAUGACAGCAGAUCCUGGAGCAGGAAUGACUUUUCAAGCGGAUCCAAAGAAGCCGAUUGGUGGCCACAUCCUGGCACACGCCUCCACCACUCGGAUCAGCUUGAGGAAGGGCCGUGGAGAGAUGAGAAUUGCUAAGAUAUUUGACAGCCCAGACAUGCCGGAGAAUGAGGCCACCUUUGCAAUCUCUGGUGGUGGAGUCACUGAUGCCAAAGAGUAAAUGAUUAAAUCCUCCCUGUUCACAAUAUUUAUGAUUAUAAGUUCUAUUUAUUGUAUUUUCAAACCAAACAUUAAUUUAAAAAUGGUUCAGUUGAUGUAAUUUUACGAACACGUUAUAUGUUCAUGAACUCAGUGAUGUUUCUG